CGCAGACUUAUCUAUGAUAAGAAGAGAAGCUAUCCACUGUUGCCUCUAUCUCCGCCUAACAGAGAUACCCGACGGACGUUAGCAGAGAAUGGAACAUACGAAGAUGUUCUGUUGGGGAGAUGGUGUGGCCGUCCAAGUAGCCCUGUCGGACAGUGGGGAACAGGGACCGCGAGAGAUCGAAUUUCUGCGGGACCGGCCGGUGAAAGAGGUCUCAUGCGGGGCAGAGCACUCGGUGUUCCUGCUGACAGACGGUACCGUGUAUACCUGUGGCCAGAACGAAAGCGGGCAGCUCGGAAGGAGAACGGGCCAAUCUGCCUUAGAUCUGAUCACUUCUCUGACUACAACAACAAUUGUCAAUGUGGCCUGUGGAAAGCACCAUACAUUGGCUCUUUGUGAAGAUGGAUCUGUCUUUGCCUGGGGUGCUGGAACCUAUGGUCAACUGGGGAGAGAGAACUACCUGGUUGUUCCUCAACCAAGGAAAGUAAAAGAUUUUGGAGUUCGUAUUGUACAGAUUAGAUGUGGCCACUACCACUCACUGGCUCUUUCUCAAGAUGGUACAGUCUAUUCCUGGGGACAGAACACUUACGGUCAACUGGGAAAUGGAAAAGCCUUGGAAAAGCAGAACUAUCCACAGAGAGUGAAGAAUCUGACUGGGAUACCUGUAGCUCUGAUUGCUGCAGGGGGAAGCCACAGCUUUGCCCUAUCUCUAUCAGGGGCAGUGCAUGGAUGGGGAAGGAAUGAACAUGGCCAGCUGGGGCUCAAGGACAAAAAAGAUCGAGAAUUCCCAUGUUCUGUGAACCAGUUGAGGAGGCUUAAUGUUGCCUAUAUCUCUUGUGGCAGCCAUCAUUCUGUUGUUCUAACUAAGGAUGGCGCUGUAUUCACAUGUGGAGAUGGGAGCUCCGGGCAACUAGGCCUGGGAAGGAAGGGCAAUGUGACGUCUUUUCAAAAGGUAGAACAAAUCAAGGGUGAAGUUUCCCAGAUUGCUUGUGGGAGUGAUCACACGCUCGCCUACAUCCCCUCUUUGAAUGUCGUUGUCUCCUUUGGCUUUGGAAACCAGGGAAAAACAGAGAAAGGUUCAUCAGGAAACCAAAUUCAACAAGAGACCCAACAUGCCAAAGUUUACAAGAUCUUUGCAGGACCAAACAUUAAUUUUUUUCAGACUAAGCUUCAAAUGCCUGCAGUUGACCUUCGUUGCAGAGACAGUAAAGAGCAGAUGCUCAUAUUUGAUACAACCAUUGCUGAGAGAUGGAUCAACAUUGAUGAAUACAAUGCUGCAGAAAGAAUUCAUGCAGAAAGGGAAAUUGGUUUAAUAUUUUCAUCCCCGUCCUGCCUGGUUGGGAGUUUCCUCAAGAGAGGUGAAGAAGACCGGUGCAAAACAGGAGACAACCUUGUGAGUGUUGAUGUGGAAGCAGCCAGAGAAAUAUUUCAGAAGCUUACUGCAGAAGACUGGAUUUUCAAAGUGAUAAGAUCAAGCCUGACAUCAAAAUUAAUUCAACAUCUUGAGAGGUUGGGCUCUGAUGAAGAAGCACUGAUGAUUUACUUAAUUCUGCCAGAAUGCCAAGUAAUGAAAGAGUACAGAGAUCUGGUUAAUGGCUUUGUAAAAGCCAUUGCACAUCUGGAUGCGCCCUCAAAGGAUAUAUUGGGAAAACACUGGUCAACCCUGAAAUCAUCUUACCUGAACACUGUGGUUGAGAUAAUUAAGACUGUUUUGACCCGGAAGAUAAUCGACCUCUUUCAUUUAUGUCAACAACUCCACCCAUCACGUGCCCUCCAGUUUAAUAAUCAACAAACUGAUUUUAAAAAUGUACUGGAUGUACUGAAACUACUCUACAAAGCAAAUAUGAAGUUAAAACAUAGUGUUCCACUGAGUAAUUUCUACAUCAGUGAACUUCGCCUGUUUCCAUUUGACAUAGCCCACAUAUGCAGAGCUGAACAACUGACGGCCAAUAUUAUCCUGAUGUUUCUCUCCUACCCGUUUAUCCUUGAUUUGAUAUUGAAGGCUCAGUUACUUUACAUGGAUUCAGAUAUGAAGAUGCAGAAAGCAGUUUUCGAUGCUUUUCACUUCACAUUACGGAACUCACUCGCAGGAAGCCCAGAGCCUCUCAGAUGUGCCUGGUUCGUAUUGAAGGUUAAUCGUCAGAGCUUGGUUCCUGAUACUUUUGAGAUAUUGAAGAAUGUGAAUAAGGCAGAACUGCAGAAGUAUCUUCUGGUGGAAUUUAAAGGCGAGCCUGGUGUUGAUUUGGAAGCUAUCAAGAAGGAAUUCUUCACGUCUGUAUUUGAAAGGCUGGUUCAUCCAGAUUCAAACAUGUUUAUUCAUUUUCAAAGCUCUGGAUCUAUUUGGCUUCCUUCUCAGGUCUCAGUGCCAAUUCAAGACUACUUCCUACUUGGAGUAUUGUGCGGUCUUGUUGUGUAUAAUAAGUGUUUGAUCUCUAUCCCUUUGCCACUCGCACUGUUUAAGAAGCUACUGGACAUCAAGCCGACUUUGGAAGAUGUGUUUGAAGUGGAUCUACUUUUGCAUAACCACCUGCAAAACAUUUUGAUCUAUGACAAGAUUGAAGAGCUGGGAAUGGAAUGUACGAUGCGUUGGCAAGAACGGGAUGUUGUCAUUUCAAAUGGCGGAAACGGACUUUUGACCACCAAGAACAAGAAGAAAUUUGUAGAUUCCUGCUUGAAUUACAUAUUCGAAACUUCAAUCAAGAAACCCUUUGACGAACUUAGAAGAGGAUUCUACCACGUUUUGGAUGAAAAAUUGAUAAAAUUAUUCCAACCUCAAGAGCUGAAAGACAUGUUGAUUGGAAGCAUUGAGUAUGACUGGCAAAUGCUGGAAGAGAAUACCAGCUAUGAGGGAACCUAUCACAAAUCGCACCCAACCAUCAAGAUAUUCUGGGAGGUUUUUCAUCAGAUGAUUCCUGAUCAGAAGAAACUCUUUCUAUCAUUUGUCACAGGAUAUCAUCAAAUUCUAGUGAUGGGACUGAAGUACAUAAAGAUAUUUAUUUCCUCAUGUGAGUUGACUGAAAAUGAUUAUCCAGAGGCAAUGAAUUGUUUUAACAUCCUGCGUCUUCCAGAGUACACCAGUUCAGAAUCUCUCCGAACAAAACUGGUGGCAGCGAUCAAUACGUUUCGAAGAGAUGUAAGGAAAAUAUUUGUUUACCACAAGUCCUGCACUAUUGCACUUAACAGACUUCUGAGAGGAUUGCCACCUCAUCGUGGAAAGGCUUGUGAGUUCCGGAGACCUCAAGAGUGGUGCCAUCAAGAUUUUAGCAUCAGUGAUUCUCGUCACUUCUUGGCGUCUUUUCAUUUGAAGGGAGAAAGCAGUGGAGAGCAGGACAUCAUGUUGUACAGCUGGGAGUCGGGCUCGCAACCUGAAGUUUGCUCCGAGUUCGAGGACGUUCUCAACAGCAAACACAUCUGCAGCCGGGAUGACUUCACCAUCUUUGUACUGAGGGACGGAAGAGUUUAUAAGAAAGUCGCCGGAGGGAAAGCGCGACCUGGGAAACUUGAUGACUUCAAGAAAAAGAAAAUACACUUUGCGGAUUGUGGGACAUCGCAUAUUUUGUUUCUUUCUGAAACAGGAAUUGUUUUUCACAGUGAAGUCCAAUCAAAGAAAUCUGCAGAUAAGCAAAGAGUAAUCUCCAUUGCGAAGCCAGAGCCAUUCAGGAGUCUGAGUGAAAGAAACAUAAUUCAAGUGACUUGUGGAAAUGAACACUCGCUGGCAGUCUCCAAAGAUGGUCAAGUCUUUGCCUGGGGAUGUAACACCUAUGGCCAGCUGGGUCUCGGUAAAAAAGAUACCUUUUUUCAAAAUGCUAUGGCUGUGCAAACAUUUUCCGGAAUCCCAGUGGCUCAGAUUGCUGCUGGAGGAGAGCACAGCUUGGCCCUGACUGUCUCAGGGGCAGUAUUUGCCUUUGGAAGGAACAAUCAUGGACAGUUGGGUCUCAAGGUCACAGAGGAUACUUUUAUUCCCACACAUGUGCAACUCUUAGCAUGCAAGAGGACCAUCUUUGUUUCUUGUGGAGAAGAGCACACUGCUGUUCUGACAAAGGAUGGAUUUGUUUAUACUUUUGGAGCUGGGGCGUUUGGACAACUUGGACACAACUCGACAAAGGAUGAAAUUAAACCUCGUCUGGUUAACGGACUCUUUGGAAAAAAAGUCUCUCAGAUUGCAUGUGGGAGCUACCACACAUUGGCUUUCGUUCCAUCGUCUGGCACCAUCUAUUCCUUUGGUUGCAGAGAGAUGGGACGGCAAGGAAACAUCCAAACCUAUGAGCACUCUCUGCCUUUUCCCAUCAACCUCUUGGACACACCUGGCCAUGGUGGAUCUGAGAACGGCUGUUCAAUUAAACGAGGCAUCAGAAGAAUAUUUGCUGGGGCAAGCCAAAGCUUUGCAGUAUGCAAUGAAGAAGAGGAUUUGGAAUCGUCUGGGGACCAACCUUUGCUUGUUUCUUUGAAGAGAGUUGUAACCCUGGACAAUUCACUGGAGAAGAGACUGAGCAAAAACACAAAAAGGGCAAUCAUUCGGGGAUAUUCAUCAUCUCAGAUUAUUAACGCAAGUUUCCUGGAUGUGAGCAAGGAUAACCAUUUCAAAACAAGCAGGAUGCAGUCUGGUCUGGAUAUGUCCUCAGUGAAUGUGAACUUUGAGAAAAUGGCAAUAAAGGACUCGGUAUUAUCCCAGGUGACAGAUGCAAUUAUGGAAAAGUUGCUCUUCUCAUUGCCUCAUUCUCCUGCUUGUGUGGAAGCUCUGCGGAUUUACCUUGUUCUGCCUGAGCUCAUUGCUGUACUUCAAACAACGAAGAAGUCCCAGCUGGCAGAAUCCCUGACCAGAGCCAUAACUUCCCUUGAUAAAAGCUGCUUUGAAGUUCUAGAAUGUUGGUGGAGGGCAAUGCCUGUCUACUACUUCCAGCGACUUGUGAAGAUUUAUCAUGAAGAGUCAGAGCGACUUCUUUGGUCCACUAUGGCAAAAAUCCCAAAAGAUAUCUCAAAUCUUCAGAACACAUUAAAAAUUUUACAAGUGCUUUACGAGGUAAAUUCUACCAGAGAUUAUCGCAUUCAAGAGAGGAACUUCAAAAUUCCUGUAAUGAAAAUAUUUAUAGAGUCAUUUAAGGAAUAUUUUAAGAAAUGCUUUCCUUCUGCUUUGCAAGUGGAACUGAAUCAAUUCGUAAAUGAGGUAUUGAAUGGAUAUUUUAUACCUCCUGACCGACAGCACAAGUUGGUGAGAGAAUAUUACCCAGCCCUUCGCAAGGUCGUACAGCAAUUAAUACCGUAUCCUUGCAUCUUUGAUAUGGAUACAAAACUUAAUUUUUUAAAGCUGGAAUCCACAAUACUUCUAAGAGAUGCCAUUAGAACUGAAGUGAAUGUUUCAAGAACAGCAGUUCUUCAAGACUUAAUAGACUGGCACAGAUCUCACAAUGGACUUGAGUACUUUACAGCACUUAAGGUUACCUUUUGUAAUGAACCAUGCUUUGGUCAUGGGGUGACACAGGAAUUCUUCACUCUUUUCAGCGAGGAGCUCCAGAACGACGAAAGGAUAUUUAGUAAUGAAGAGCAAUCUAAUUUGCUGUGGUUCUCUAAUAGGGAAACUGAAAUGAAGGAUGUAUUUAAUCUGGUGGGAAAUCUGUGUGGAAUUGCUCUGUCGGAUAAUUUUGUUUCCAACUUUCACUUCCCUUUGGCAUUGUACAAAAAAUUGCUCCAUGUGCAACCAACACUGGAGGACCUAAAGGAGCUCUGGCCAACAGUAGGAGCGUCACUCCAGGAUAUUCUUGACUAUGAGUAUGAUGACUUUGAAGAAAAGCAUUGGAUAUAUUUUUCAGUACCCAAAGAAACGGAGGACGGAACAUACGUUGAACAUGAACUGAUUGCUGAUGGUGCCAACGUACCAGUUCAAAAGCAUAACAGGAAGCAAUUUGUUGAUGCCUUUGUGGAUUACAAGUUUAACACCGCAGUGGAGAAACAAUUCAGAGCCUUUUCUGAAGGUUUCCGGGAAGGUUUUCCACUACCCAUUGUGGAUCUGUUCCUCCCAGAAGAACUAAUGGCCGUUAUCCAUGGCAACACCAACUAUGAUUGGAAACUUCUGGAAAAGAAUACCAAAUACCGAAAUUAUCAACCAACUGACAGAGUAAUUAGAUAUUUUUGGGAAGUUUUUGAAAGCCUACUGGAAGAGGAGAAAAAGCAAUUCAUUUUUUUUCUAUCAGGAAGUGAGAGACUCCCAGCAGGUGGGAUUGGAAGAAUUAGGAUCGUAAUAUUCAAACCCUGGAUCAAUCAACCAGAUAUAUCAUAUCCACGUGCUUAUACCUGCACCAGGAGCCUGGAACUCCCCAAUUACAGCACAAAAGAACUACUGAAAGAGAGGUUACUUCACGCAAUCGAACAGAGUGAAUUCUGUGCAGAACCACCCUAAUAUAUCCAGCUGGCCCAAAAUUAUGCAGUUGAUUUAAGAUGUCUUGGUUUGAUCAAAAUGAGUUGCAGCAGAACAUUCGUUUGGUAGCAAUAUAGAAAAUAUCCAUGGUGUUGCUGCAUUUCUAUAAAACCUCUGCUAUUAAUCCAAUAAUGUGAUCUGACUCUAUUCAGUAAUGUAUUCCACCUUGGCUAAAUUGGAUGCUUGUGAAGGGGGAGUUUUUUUUUGCAUUUUGGAAGUACAUUUUGAUAUGUUAUUCACAUCACAACAAUUUCAUUGUGUAGAAAACAAAAUCACUAUGAGAAGCUGUAAAUCUGAAAACAAAAUGUUGAAACUAUUCAAAGGUCAUGUAGUGUUCAUGGAGUGAAUAAGUUAACUUUCCAGCUAACUUAGCUUUACUUGCUAUCAGGGAUUUCCUUGCUUCGAUCUCAUUAACCAAUUACUUGUCCAUUUAAAAGUUUCCAAAUGCGUAAUUAUAAAAACUACUGACGAAGGGUCUCGACCCGAAACAUCGACAGUGCUUCUCCUUAUAGAUGCUGCCUGGCCUACUGUGUUCCACCAGCAUUUUGUGUUAUAAAAACUACUAAUUGUUUCUCUAAUGAUAUUGCAAAUCAAAAUCUCUGUAUUGUCACAAUCAAUAUGCUUCUUGAACUGUAAUAUAAUUUCAAGUGUAAAUAAUUACUGUUUAUUUCUGUAUUUAUAUUCAAUUAAAAUAAAUGACAAUUUUUAAA